AUGGGAUUACAAGCAUUUAAAGUAUGGUGCAAGGACAAUGUCUACUCCCUAUUGAUUAUAAUAAGUGCUAUAUUGGGACUCAUUUGUGGAUUUAUACUGAAGUCCAUAUUCACUAUAAGUCCACUAUUAUUGACUUAUAUCGGACUCCCGGGAAAACUAGUUAUCAGGGCAUUUAUGAUGAUUAUAGUGCCUCUUAUUGUCUCAUCUCUGGCCACAAGCAUAACUAAUACUAAACGUGGAGAUAAUAAACGGGUUAUGUCGACUGAUAAUGAAGUGGUAGUAGACAAUAGUGGAGACCCUGGUGUUGAUAUCAAACAAAUGAUUGCGAGUCAGGACGAGAGUAUAUACGAUGUGUUUAUGUAUGAAUCUCAUACCGGAUAA